CAACAAAAACCCUCUGUCUCCUUUAAGCCCACCUCCACCGCACCAUGGCCAAACCCUACGCCAUAGUUGCCGACGACGAAACCUCCUUCGUAGUCGAGCAACCCUCCACCUCCAGCGCCCCAUCCUACACAUACACCGCUCUCCCCCCCGGCAACCACUUCCGCCUCCUAACCGUCCUCCCAGGCGCCCCCAACACCAAGCUCAAAUGCACCCUCACAAUCCACGCCCUCGACAGCCCAGAUACACCGCCGUACAAAGCCCUCUCCUACUGCUGGAACAACCCCAAAUUCGACAGCCUGGUCAUCAACAACAAGCCCAUCCCUCACGACGACCCGCUCCGCACCGACUACACCGUCUGCCAUGCACUAUGGUGCGUUGGGGACAGUGACACUGGGGAGAGUCAAAGGCGGAUCCUGAUCUCGACUAGUCUCCGUGACGCACUGAGGAAGCUGCGCAGCAGGACUGAGCCUGUUAGGUUGUGGGUUGAUGCGCUGUGUAUUAACCAGGGGGAUAAUGCCGAGAAGGGGGUGCAGUUGCUGCUGAUGCAGAGGAUUUAUCAUGCUGCGGCGGAGGUUUGUAUGUGGCUAGGAGCGGGGGAUGCCGAUGGGGCGGCGUGUAAUGCGCUGGAGAUGCUGCGUAUGCUGGAUAAAGUCGGAAAGGCUAAACCCAGGCCAGAGGUGUCUCAGGGGGAUAUCUAUAACCAGCAGGUGCUGGUGGAUCUCGGCUUCCCCCCCUUCCCGUCGCGUUCAUGGUCAGAUCUGAUGCAUUUCUUUCGCCGGCCGUACUUCCGGCGGAUCUGGAUCCUGCAGGAGAUGAUUGCCGCCAGUCUUUCAUCCAGACUCUACUGCGGCGAGCUGGAGCCCGUGCCGUGGACCACCCUGGUGGGGGCUGUUGCCUUUCUGCAGAGGGCUGACUGGAUCCCGAGGCUCAGCGCGCAGUACGACCCGGAGAAUAACAUCUCGUUUGUGUUGACAACUGUUAGUAUCGGCAUCGCUUGGGCGCAGGGGGCGGAGACGGAGCAGGACCGGCACCAGAUUCGUCGCAGGACACUGAAUACAAGGCGGUUUGAGGCGUCUGAUCCGAAGGACAAAAUCUUUGCUCUUAUAGGGAUCAUCAACGAUUUUGGCCACCGGGAUUUGCUGGGUGAGGAUAGUCCGGAGGGUUCAGGCUACGGUCCGCCGCAGACGGUCAUCAAGAGCGGCACGGUGCACGCCACGUUCAAGGUCGAUGAGCGUGGGAAGUCAAAGGAGGAUAUUGCUAUCGAGAUUUUGAAGAGCAACCCUGCUGAAGAGAUCCAGCAGCUUCACGCGGCACUGCUGGACGUGCUUCGCGGCUGCGUGCGCAUGGCCGACAUCCUCUUGCACCCCGAUGAGGAUUACACCUCGCCGGAGUUUCUGGCGGACUACGCCCAAACCACGCAGCACACUAUUGACGGGCUGACGUACAUCCCCACGUUCAACAAGGACUGCAGGAGGUUAAGUCUGGACCAUCAGCGGGUUGGGGACUUUGCGUCAAACCUUCUGAAGAUGUUUUCCAGCAGCAUCCAGCUAUACGCGGGCUUCAUAGGCGAAUACUGCGAGGAUGAGCUCUUCGCACGGUUGUGCCGCGUUCCGGUAUUUCUGGAGGAGGUGCUGCGCUUCCAAAAGGGCGCUUCGUUCAUGCUGGAGUCUAUGGAACAUGCUUGCACAUGUACUAGUAACUCGGCUACCCCUGAUCCAAACAGUGACCCCCCCGCAGGCAGCAGCAACAACGCUCGCGUGCAGGACAAUAUGCCGAUUCUCAUAGGCUCCAGAGCCCAUCUCGACAGCCUGGAAUACAGCGUCAAAUUCUCCCGGCAGUACCAGGACUGGGCGUGGAGCGCCUGCGGCUGGAUCAUGCCCAUGUACGACCUGCCCGUCGAGGACGUCUACACCGAGUACACAGCCAAGUGCAUCCAGGACGACGGGGACCUUGACAUUCUCAGUGCCAUCGAGGACCGCUCCGCUCGUAGACUCCACGGCCUGCCCUCGUGGGUGCCUGAUUUCAGCGUGCCCAUGGUCCGAUGGCCGCUCGCCGCAACCGGGAUAAUUGAUAGGGCCGAGGGGUGCUGCUACUCGGCGUCUGGCCGCAGCUCCAAGGCUCGGCCGAAAUGGAGCAAGCAGCAGGCUGGUGGGCGGGAGAUCGUCCUGGGCGGGUUUGAGUUUGACCGGAUUGCGGCGAUAUCGAGCAGGGAGGAGGCGGCUGAUCGGAAGAUGGGCGGGGGGCGGAAGCUAAGGGAGUGGGAGGCUAUGAUUGAUCAGCUGCCCGAGGAUCAUGCUUAUCACGGGGAAUGUUCUGCUUCGGAGGCGCUCUGGAGGACACUGAUCGGGGACAGGGACGCUCAAGGUCGUAGCCCGGCUCCGGGGGAGUACGAGGCGCGGUAUGAGACGUUUCGGAAAUUGGUACGCCUGGACGAGGAAAUAGGCGCGAGACUUGAGUCUGGACAGGACCCCGACGCGGCUCGUACUGCGGUCUUGGGGGAGUAUAACAUCCAGCCUGAUGAGCUACCCCGACUGUCAGCCGAGCAUGGGAUGUUCCUGAGGAGUGUGACCGAGGUUAUGCUGGACAGGAGGCUGUUUGUGACUGAGGAGGGCUACAUCGGUGCCGGGCCCUUGUCGGCAGAAGUGGGAGAUUCCGUCUAUGUCCUUGCUGGUGGUCAUGUUCCUCUGGUCUUGCGGAGGCGAGUGGAGGGUGAUGGUGAUGAGUCGUUUCAGUUUGCGGUUGUUGGUGACUGCUACGUGCAUGGGAUUAUGCAGGGAGAGGCUCUGGGAGAGGCUUUGGAAUCGGAGGUUUUCUGUUGGACGGACAUUCGGUUGCGGUGAUAGGCUGAUAGGUUCGCGGGUGUGGUUACUGAUGUUCAAGAAAGAUACCUAUACUUGAGAGCACUUGUCAAGCGGUGUUGGCUUAACCGAUGGUAAUCAGGUGCUGAUUGUCACAUCGAGCACUCAGGGGUAACUUCUUGGAGUGCAGCAGCGUGGAAUAUUUCGGGCGCUCGUCGAAAUACACGCAAGCUCCAUGUCUAACUCUACACGCUACUACUAGUAGUACAUGAAGCUGUCAACACCCCCGUGGUACCACAGCGA